AACAAAACUGGCCCAAACUUCCGCUCGCUCUCAUGUUCCUAAUAUGCAACCAGAGGUUCUUCCUUCGCACCGUUUCUUCUUCUACUCUUUCCGCCCAUCCAUAGAGAUCAAUAGAGCUAGCUCCCACUCCGUCUGGAUUCUCUUCAGAAAACCCAUCGGCCCUUUCUAGAAUAACACCAUAUCUGAAGUGAUCUGGUUUGAGGAUUCCAAGUGGACGCAAAACCGCAGUUCUGUUGGUUUCUAUUCUGGAACUAGGGUUUUGAAGAAAUUUGGGUCUUGGGCAUCGGAAUAGAUAAAAAUGGAUGGGGAUUUGUCAUCAGAGACUGGAUGGGACGAAAAGGAAAACGAGUUCAUCGAAGUCGAUCCCACAGGUCGAUACGGACGGUACCAUGAAGUUCUGGGAAAGGGCGCAUUCAAGACAGUGUAUUCUUAUGACCUAUAAGGCUUUUGAUGAGGGAGAGGGAAUAGAGGUUGCUUGGAAUCAGGUGAAGCUUGCUGAUGUUCUACAAAAUGCUGAUGAUUUGGAAAGGCUCUAUUCCGAAGUUCAUUUGCUAAAAACUCUAAAGCACAAGAACAUAAUUAAAUUUUAUAGCUCAUGGGUAGACACGCAACACGACAGCAUAAAUUUCAUCACUGAGGUCUUUACCUCAGGGACCUUGCGCCAGUAUCGUAAGAAACAUAAGCAUGUUGACUUAAGAGCAUUGAAGAAUUGGUCAAGGCAGAUUUUGUGUGGCCUUCUAUACCUUCACAGUCAUGAUCCCCCUAUUAUUCAUAGAGACCUUAAAUGUGACAAUAUAUUUGUCAAUGGAAAUCAAGGUGAGGUCAAAAUUGGUGACCUUGGAUUGGCAGCCAUUCUACGCCAAUGUCACUCAGCCCAUAGUGUGAUUGGUACUCCAGAGUUCAUGGCUCCUGAACUUUACGAAGAGGAGUAUAAUGAGCUUGUUGAUGUAUAUGCAUUUGGGAUGUGUUUGUUAGAGCUUGUAUCCUUUGAAUACCCCUACGUGGAAUGUACAAAUGCAGCGCAGAUAUAUAAGAAAGUGACAUCGGGGAUCAAGCCUGCGUCAUUGGCCAAGGUAAAGGACCCAGGGAUUAGGCAAUUCAUAGAAAAAUGUAUUGCUAAUGCUUCUGAAAGGAUGUCAGCUGGAGAAUUGUUGAGGGAUCCCUUUCUUCAAACGGAUUCUGAGAAUGAUAUCUUAUGUCAUGCCAUACCAUUAGAUCAUAACGGUUCUGAUGCCAUAAGGAUAGAACCAUCUACAAGUGGGAUAGACUGCACGGUUGAAGGUCAAAGAAAGGAUAUUAACACUCUUUUUUUGAAACUACGGAUAGCGGAUUCUACAGGUCAAGUUCAUAAUAUCCACUUUCCAUUUGAUAUUGAAGCGGACACAUCUGUAAGUGUUGCUGCUGAAAUGGUGGCAGAGUUAGACCUUACUGAUCAAGAUGUAAGCACAAUUGCUAAUAUGAUUGAUACAGAAAUACAAGUUCAUUUUCCUGACUGGGUCCCAGGAGCUCUUGAUGAAGAUCAUGACAAUGAGACUCCAUCAAGAAAAGAUGAUUUUAAAGCUGAAGCUAAUAUUCAUACUCUGCACAAUGAUUACCAUUCUUUUGGCAAUCUAGUUUUGGAGCAGCUACCUUCUGGAAGAAAAUACUGGUCUAAUUCUCCUAAGGGAUCAAGUAGCAAUUCUCCUUGUGGACAAAACCUGGAGUUAAAUUCAUGCUACUGUGAUGAUGUUUUGGAAAAGGAAAACAAUUUGCAUUCGCAUGAACGAAAGGAUGAUUUUUCUCCUGGUUUUGCUUUAGUUGGUCAGGAAAUAGACUCGAGGCAUUCCAUUAUCAGCUGCCGAGGUAAAAAUCAAGGACCAUGGAGUCGUCACUCCAAUAAUCUGGUUGUCCAGAAACUUAUUGAGCAAUCUACUAUCUCCGAUUCAAAUGACAACCAAAUGGAGGCAUUUUUAAAUAAUGAUACCGAUAUGCUGUCAGAGAAUGGAUCCAAAGCUCUUGAGUCUGUUAUGCUCAAAUUAAAGGAACUUUUGGUUAAGCAACGUAAGGAAAUUCAUGAUCUUAGAGAAAGACAUGAUUUUGCUAUAGCAGAUAUGCUGAGGGAAUUACCUCUUGAGCUACAAAGUAGAGCCUUCAGUUUAUGCUGCGUGAAAAUUCUUGACGACACCAUACAAUCUAAGAGAUAAGUAGCAAGGAAGUAUCUUUGAAUUCUUAAUCUGACAUUCUUAUGGGAAGGAUACUUCGGAGAAAUGAUUGUGCAGUACUGUAAAUAACUCGUUUGAUUUGUUCAUAUACUGAGAAAAAAGAAAGAAUAUAUCUGUGAAAUAAUAGGAGGCAACUUUCCAUGCACUUGGUGGUGGUGGUUGGGGUGGGGGGUUAGGGUGUUAUUGCAAAUAUGUUGUAUAUUGUAUUUUUACUCGAAAUUUGAAGAAAUACUGAUAAUUUAAUUUAACUUGGCUAGUUUUAUUUGAUGGCUA